AUGCUCGCUCUCCCUGCUCUUCUACUCGCUGCGGCAACUUCUGUCCUUGGACAUGGUUUUGUCCAGGAAAUCGUCGCGUCCUCUGGGACGUAUACCGGCUACCUCCCUUACAAUGACCCGUAUACCACCCCCGCUCCUCAAAGAAGUAUUCGUAAGAUUCCUGGUAAUGGGCCAAUCGAGGAUGUCACUUCAAUGGAUAUUCAGUGCAACGGGGGAGCUGUACCCGCCCCCGCGAUAAUCAAGGUUGCAGCGGGCUCCAAUGUCGCUCUUAACUGGACCACUUGGCCUGACUCCCAUAUAGGCCCACUUAUCACAUACAUGGCCAGAGCUCCAUCAGAUAUCACCAAAUGGAGUCCAGGAACAUCAGCUGUUUGGUUCAAGAUCGAUGAGUCGGGUCUUUCAAAUGGAAAAUGGGCUGCAACAGACAUUCUUACUGAGAACAAGAGUAUUUAUACUUUCAAGGUUCCUGCGUCGUUGAAGGCUGGCCAGUACCUUAUCAGGCACGAAAUCAUUGCGCUUCAUUCGGCCUCCACCCAAGGUGGUGCUCAGUUUUAUCCGUCAUGCAUUCAGGUCGAAAUCACCGGUUCGGGAACUGAAACAGGUCCUUCAACUUGUCGCAUUCCCCGGAGCGUACAAGUCGACCGACCCCGGCGGUGCCACUUCUUACCCGAUCCCCGGCCAGCAGUCUGGACUGGAGGCUCGUCUUCUGGGAACGCCCCUACUCCUGUUACCACUGUUCCUACUACUGCUCCUGCCGCUACCACAACCGCUCGCCCUACAACUCAGGCACCUGCCAACUACGCCUCGUCUGGACCCGCGGGCUCGGUCGCUCAGUAUGGGCAAUGUGGUGGCCUCUCGUACACUGGAGCGACUCGCCUCAACGACUACUACUAUCAGUGCUUGUAA